UAUACUUGCUUUGGUGUUUCUCCAAACUACAUCAUAUUGGGAUCAUCUAGUGGGAGCCUCUAUUUGUUUUCCAGAGAGGAAUGCAUUUUUCAACAGUUAAUACCACUUUCGGAAGGUCUAAUAUGCCACGUACUUAUAUCACCAGAUGAAAAACUUGUCGCAUUGGCCACGAUGGGCGGCAGCGUUUGCUUUGUAAGUCUUAAACCAGUAGUGAAACAGAUAGCAUUAUCCACGGAACAUGUUGGAAAAUGUGUUACGUGCCUUUGUUGGGAUGAUAACAGCUCCGCACUAUACAUUGGCGAUUCUACCGGCAAGAUAUCUGUCAUGGUUCAAUCUAUUUUUACGGUUAAUGGAAUAUUCCAAGUUCCUGCCAGUACUUUGAUGAAUUUGGAUUCAAAAAUUAUUCAAAUGGACUUCAAUUCAUCACUUCUACUGAUAUCUACACUGACGCGUUCUUAUUUAUGCGAUACUGUUCAAGAACAAUACAAACAAAUAGGAAAUAAAACAAGAAUCGGGGAAUUUGGAGCUUGUUUUUACAAAAUUUAUAACGAACACAAUGCAGACGGGUUUGUAAAAUUGCAAGAACAGAAAAAUGCAGAUCCAUCACGGCAUAUUAACUUGAAAGAAAAUUUGUAUGUCAAUGAAGCGAAUGACAUAAGAAUUUAUUGCGCGCGACCUGGAUCCAGGCUUUGGGAAGUAACAAAAAGCGGCACUGUCACGAAAACUCACCAAUUUAAAGAAGCUCUCGUCGCUCCGCCAAAUACUAUUUAUAAAAUUAAUGAUUCAGAAGUCAUGCAAAUUGGAGAAACGGCUGAAGCCUGUAAUCCACAAUCCGUUAACUUCACACGGCUCUUAAUGUUCGGUUGGAAAUAUUUAUUUUCCUGGACGUCCAGCGGGAUUUAUAUCAUCGACCCUAAUAAUUCAUCAAUUCUUUUAUGGAGUAACGAAUUGACUGAUAUUAUAAUGGCAGAUGUGAUUAAAGACAAUAUUUAUUUGAUGUUACAAUCCGGUGAAUUUCGUUGCUUGACUCUUACCACAUUCGAUAAUUUAAUACUUCAAUUAUACGAAAAAAAAUGUUAUAACAAGUGUUUGCAAGUGUGUUUCUUAUUUAAACCAGAUCUAUUUCACUCAAAUCUUGAUAGUGAGUUCAUUGAGAUUUAUAAAAAAGAUAACAAGUGCAAUAUAUUAAAUAGUGAUGAAAUAGCACUGAAACUACAUUCGCUAAUUACAGUCUUAAAGUCCAACGUAAAGAAAUCUCCAAUAAAACUAAAUUCUGGCAUCGUAGUUGUCAAUUCGAAACAAGCCAUUGUUGAUCAUGAAGAUUGUAAUUCAUACAGUUGGUUCGAUGUGAAAAUGGAUGUGCCUUCUUCGUCAAAUGAGGACUUAUUACACGAAGUAACAGAUUUUUCUUUGAAUACAAAACUGUGUCCAAAUACUAUGAACUUUAUAGAAAGUAAUGCCUUUGUCAAAAAUAACGUACACGAGAAUGAAGAGAUAAGUAAACCAGAUGAAAUACUUAAUUUAGAUCCUAGAAAUACAAUAUCCAGCAGAAAAAUUGAGCAAACAAAUGUGCAGGAAGAUUGUAUUAGUUUUUUGAAGACCAGAACUGAUAAUUCUAAAAACGAGAAAACACAGAUAUAUUUAAACGAAGAGAUAAUGAGGGAUGUACAUAUUAAAUUGGCACCGGUGUAUAAUAUAAUUAAAAAUAUUAAAAGCGUUUUAAUCAAUAGUCAAAUUGAAGAAAUUUCGUUACAAUUACGAAAUGCUAUAAAGGAAGUUACAAAGUCACACGGAGAACUGGGUGAAAUGAAUGAAUGUGUAUACAAAGUGAUACAUGAUGUAGAGCUGCAAUAUAACAUUGCAGUUUUACAGAGUUUUUCUACUGAAAUGUCCUGCAUAAACUUAACCAAAGGAACGUUAUUAGAAAUUUGUAAAUGUUUUAUUGAUAUAAAUGCAAAGAAUUAUAAAGAAUGUAUUUGCGGCUUUCCUUGUUUAAUGGAAAAAAUUAGUCAGCCAAAGUUCUUGGAAGUGGGCACAACUUUAUUAAAGAGUCUUAUGAGUGAAGACGCAGAAUUUUGUAUAAAAUUGUGUGGAAAAGUUCCAUAUCUCUGGCGAAAAUAUUUCUCUCUAUGUGCAAAGGAAAAUAGCGUAUCUAGCGAUAUACUUCUUCAGUGCCUGCAAACAAAAGAUAGUGUUAUUCUUUCCUUUAUAUUGCCAUUAUUGGAUACGAGACAAUGGAAAUUAGUGGACGUUUGCCUUCAGAAGAUGGAAAAAAAACAAUGUCUCUUCUGUGACAAAGUCCUUGAUCUAAUCAUGGAUCCCAAUGAGUUGAUGAUUGAUUGGAAUGAAGUCUGUCGUGAAAUCGUACAGAGAGAAAAAGUAGAAGUUGCUUUCACACUUUUAGUCAAAGUUCACUCUAUAUUUUCAAACGUAAUAUUCAAUAACAGCAUUUACCAGGCCCUCAUAUUCAAAAAAAUUUUGGAACGAGGUGGAUUGCAGCGUAGCGUUUACUUUGAUUGUGAUUCUAUAGCGAAGGAUAGAUGUGAAGCAUUGUCAUCCAAGAAGGUUGCUGCUCAUUUGGCGAAUAUGCUUGAAAAGGACGUUGAUAUACCUAUGGACGUCGAAAAACUGUCAACUACUACGCAUCAUUGGGGGAUGAAGUGUAAAGCCAAAUCAUUAUCGUGCCCAUGUUGUACACUGUCUCUAAAAACUCCAAUCCUUCUGAACAAUAAUGGCGUAGCAUUAUUUCCUUGUGGCCAUGGAUAUCAUGUGAACUGUUUAUUACAAAAUAAACUGUUUGUAUGUAAUUUACAUUGAUAAUUAUCAUUAUGUCAAAUAAAAAAUUAUAUUUAAGCUAUGAUAUCUGUAUAUAUAAGUCCAUUUGUAGUACAGCGAAAAUGAUAUGAUACUAUUUUUAUAUCAAAGAACAUAUUAAUCUGCUUCAUGUGCACAAUAUUAAUUUUGUUAUAUCAAAAGAUUAUUAUUACUACUGCUGGUGCUACUAGUACUUAUUACAAUUAUUAAUAUGUAUCUCUUAGGGUCAAUAUUACGAUAAAUUAUUGCGUACUUCAUACAAUUAUUACAUUUGUACGCUUCGCCUAGACUGACUCCAUGAGUAUUCAUUUUUAUGAGUUAAGAAUAAUCAAAUUCUCAGAAAAAUUUACAUUUUUUAUAUUCAUGCCUUAUAAGCCUAUGACCUAUAUGCCUUAUAAGUACGUCUGUACUUUGUAUAUUGUAUAAUUAUUGCGUUUGACCAAUAAAUUAUUUUUAAACACUUA